AUGGUCGAAGAAAUUUUCAACUCCUCCAAUGGCGACCCUCAGACCCCAAAAAGAACCCCGACUUCUGCUGCCUUCGGCGAGUCGACCUUCCAAACCCCGAAACUCGAAUCCAGCUUCUAUGACCCUCGAGUCACCUGGAACACGGCAGACCCAUACGCGUCAAGCCCUGAAUUCCUCAAAACUCCCCAGCGAUUCGGCUUGACGACCCCUUCCAAUCACAACUAUCUCCAUGGCUUAGCUGAACGGGAUUCCACCCUUGAGCCCUCUGCCUCGUUUGCACUGAGUCUCUCCCCGCAACUUGAACGGACUACACUUGCUGGAACUGUUGGGGUGAAGAAGACCAAGGGCGGCGCAAAGAAAAGCAGCAACAGCAGGUCUGGGAAGGAAGCAUCAGACGAUCAGGAAGAUGAGGGUGGUAAGGAUACAAGUGACUCUGCGAAACACUCAGCAGCUUCGAUGCAAACCCCACCCCCAACGAGCACGGGCAGGAGAAAGAUGCAGAACAAGAGCAAUCCCAUCCAUACACAUCUAGGGAGUACUACUGGCGGUGCUGAUGGUAUGAUGGGACCCCCCGACUCGGGUCACCUACAGACUCCAAGCCGGGUUGGUGGAAUCUCCGCCAACCUGUUUGAUGGUCAAACUCUGAACCUAUUCCAGGCAGCUGCUGGCUCCUCCGCAGAUUCACCAUUCUUGCCACAAAAUAGGCUCUUUUGGGACCAGGAUACACAAUUCUCAACUGAUUCGCUGGAUAUGCCAGACAAUUAUGGAGAUCCCUUCGGACCGAACCAAACAACUACUGCUGCCUUUGAUCAUGGAUUUGCUCAAAGCGGACUGCAGAAUGACACCCUCCAGGUUCCCAAAUUCGAUACCAUACAAGCCACGUCCGGGAUGGGACAUUUUGACGAUUCUCACGCUUUCAAUACCCCCUCAAUGGGAUCCAUAGACUCUAACCUUUUUCAUUCCUCGUUCUCGACGUCCCCCCGUCUCCCCACCGUACGAGAUGAGGACCCUGCCAUGUUCUUAAGCUCUCCCGCUCGUAGAUUCGGGUUUUCAGAGUCAAACAUGCCACAAAAUACGCCCCCUCGGCUGGAGACCCGUCAACCGUAUCAUCAUCAAACUGAGGAGUCCAAACGUGAGAAAAAACUGAAAGAGUUGAAGCGUGCUAAGAGUUUAGCCCGCCGUAAAGCUGAAGCCGCUGAUGAAGCAUUGGAUGCCCUCCGUCAGUCACGAUCUUUGCAGUUGCUCUCCAGACGAAACUCUACUCAUUCCACCCACCCGCACAAUCGCCAUGCAAGUGUAUAUUCCUCUUCUGGCACUGGCUCUGAUGGUAAUGGUGUAAGAAAAACCCCUACCAAAGACCACUUGUCACCUCUGAAAACAGAAGCACCCUCAUUUCAUCGUCCUAGCUCGUCGGCAGCUCUAUGUGCACCUGUUGAGUCGGUGGUUUUAAAAAUCGGGAAGGAUGGACGCGCUAAAACUGAGAUGAAAGUAGUAACUGAGCCACCGGCGACCUUGGCUCGUGGACCGGGAAUGGAUCUAGAAGAGUCGUCCGCUGAGAGUGAGACUGAAUCCUCAGAUGAAUCCGAUUUUCCAAUUUCUCACAGUACAAACACUUCUUUUCAUAUACAUCCCGAAUCUACUCCACGGCAGCGUAACAUGUCGCGUGCGCAUUCCACCUCACGCCCGCAGUCUAAAAGCUCCUCUUAUUCGUCAAUUGUGGCAUCUCCUCACUCCGGACGACAUUCGCCCUGGACAAACUCGUCGCAUAGUAGCGGGAGGCUACCACAAUUACCCGCUCAGAAAGACAGUUGGAUGUUGACUCGUCGACAACACACUAAUCCUCCCGGUGGCCACUCGCGCGGCCAGUCGAUAACUGACUCCGAAGCCACUCAAGAAGACGACGAUGAGGCAGGUGACGCCCAGCAUGCACUGAAACAGGUGUUGAGGACACGGAGCAGACAGGCUAAGCUGCCCACAGCCCUAUAUAACCGUAAGAGGCGCCACUUGCAUAAUCCGGGAACAUUACGAUCAUCUCCACCUGGGCUUGGUAGUCAAUUCGAUUCCCGCCACGGAGAUAUCAGUUCACCUACUACAAUUACGGAUCCUGAUUUUGCAACACCAACUACCGAUCGCCAGAGCAAUCCUAGCAAUGGAACCAGCGAAUCUUGCACACAUUGGCUCCAUACGAAAUGCGUUGGCCUGGACCGCCAGAGUCUCCCCCCUGUCUACAUAUGUAUAUAUUGCACUCAAACGCCGAUGAGAGGUGGCCGGAUUCGAGACCCCCUUGCUGGCACCCUAGGUGGCCAAAUCCCCACGUCCCCCCUUGCUCACAAGUCGUACCGGUUCCGAUAG